GGAUAAGAAAGCCUGUGAGGAAAUCCUUCUUGCAAACCAGUUUCACUUUAAGAGAACAUUUCAUUCUGUUGAAUCUGUUAUAACUAAGAAGUACCUUGAGUUGUAAUGCAUUGUGUUAAGUAGGAAUAAGUUCUUGGCUUCUUGAUUUUUAAGAAAUAAGUGAUAACCCACAGACUGCAGUCAAUAAUCUACUUUGGGCUAACAAGGAGGAUACAGGAUCUCCCACAAACACUGUGAUAAAGAGUUCCCUUCUUUCCCUAGGAAAAGGGAAAUCCUAACAUAGGAGAUCAUGGCCAAACGAGUCGCCAUUAUUGGAGCUGGUGUGAGUGGACUGACUUCCAUUAAAUGCUGUUUGGAAGAAGGUCUGGAGCCCACCUGUUUUGAGAGAAGUGAUGACAUUGGAGGUCUGUGGAAAUUUGCUGAAAACUCUAGACAUGGAAUGACCCAAGUCUACAAAUCCGUGGUGACCAAUGUGUGCAAGGAGAUGACAUGUUAUAGUGACUUCCCCUUCCAAGAAGAUUAUCCCAACUAUGUGAACCAAGCAAAGUUGUUGAAAUAUCUUCGUUCCUAUGCUGACCACUUUGAUCUUCUGAAAUACAUUCACUUAAAGACAACUGUGUGCAGUGUGACAAAACGACCAGACUUCUCUGUCUCUGGCCAGUGGAAUGUGGUGACAGACAAAGAAGGGAAGCAACAUACAGCAGUCUUUGAUGCAGUCAUGAUUUGCACAGGACUCUACCUGAAUCCUCACUUACCUCUAGAGUCCUUCCCUGGAAUCAACAUAUUUCAAGGCCAGACUCUGCACAGUCAGGAAUAUAGGAGCCCAGGAAGUUUUCAGGGUAAAAAGGUCCUUGUGAUUGGGCUCGGGAACAGUGGAGGUGAUAUUGCGGUAGAAGUCAGUCGUGUGGCAUCUCAGGUGUUUCUCAGUACUAGAAGUGGUACCUGGGUCCUCAGUCGCCUUUCUAAAGAUGGAUACCCCCUUCUUAUGAUCUUGCUUACAAGAUUUCUUCACAUGGUUUCAGGCAUGCUGCCUUCACCCAUAAGAAACUGGAUAAACGAUAAACAAUUUACAAAAUGGUUUAACCACAAAAAUUAUGGACUGAGUAUUCCUAAGGGGCAAACACAAACAUUAAUUAUAAAUGAUGAGCUCCCAAGCUGUAUCCUUUGUGGUGCUAUCACUGUAAAGGCCAAUGUGGAAGAGUUUACAGAAACCUCUGCCAUCUUUGAAGAUGGGACAGUGGAAGAAGAUAUUGAUGUAGUGAUUUUUGCUACUGGAUACACAUUCUCCUUUCCCUUCCUUGAAGAACCUACAAGAAGUUUGUGCAAAAAUAAGAUCUACCUGUACAAACAUGUAUUUCCUUCAAACUUGGAAAAACCAACAAUGGCUAUCAUGGGUCAUAUCAGCAUUAAAGGAGCCAUCUUGCCAGCUGUUGAACUCCAGGGACGAUGGGUCACAAGGGUCUUUAAAGGGUUAUGCAAGAUACCACCAACAAAUCAAUUGAUGGCAGAUGCUACCAGAAAGGAGGAUCUUGUUAAAAGGGGCAUCAUUCAGGAUCCCAGAAAUGAGAAACUGGACUAUAUCGACUUCUUGGAUGAACUUGCCAGAUAUAUAGGAGCAAAGCCCAGAAUUUUAUCUUUGUUCCUUAAGGAUCCCAGGCUGGGAAAAGAAGUUUUCUUUGGUCCCUGCACCUCUUACCAGUACCGACUGACAGGACCUGGGAAAUGGGAUGGAGCCAGAAAUGCCAUUUUGACUCAGUGGGACCGUACCCUCAAGCCUUUACAAACUCGAGUUGUUGAUGAUUUUUCUGAACCUACUCUUAUUCCUCAUUGGCUAAAGAUCUUGUUGGGGACACCUGUCCUGUUCUUUGCUGUUUUGCUUGCUUAUAAAUCUUCUUUUCACAUAAGAUUGUCUGGAAUUGGCAAACUGGGGAAUAGACUUUCCACUUAUCUAGCCAGUAAUUGGAAAGGGUGUCUAACACCUAAGUAACAAGAACUCCUUUCUAUCUCCUCUUCUAUCUGCUUCUCACAAACUUCCUCACAGGGUGGGAAGUAUAUAGAAUGGCACUCAAGAAAGGGUCCUAGGAUUCGAUAGCACAAUUCAGUAUCCUUUUGCUGAUACACUUGUUCCUCCCUACUUUGCUGACUGGGCUCUGCUUCCUUGACUAGUUAAUGUGUUAAUCUCAAUAAUCAUUUACCCUGGGCUUUAGCCCCUUCCCUAGCUUUGUCAGUCUCCUCCAUUUAAGCUAAAACUCUCAGUACUGACCUCUUCCAGUUCUCUUAUUUCAUUGAUACCUAUGAUUCAGACAGGGACAGACUUGAAUAUUCAAUGCCACUAUCCCUUUUGGCCUACUCUCUGACAAUUUGCGUAGCAUUAUUUUCUCCCCACUCUGCUACAUGUACUUGAGGGCACAUUUUUGUGAAAUCUCUAUCUUCCUGACAUGACUGAUACCUUAGGCUAUCACAAUCAGCCACACAAAUGUUAUUUUCCGGGUUUUAUCUUUCUUAUUCUACCCCACCCCUAAACUCACCGCACGUUCUUGUUUCUGUUCAGAUCAUCAUCUUUCUGGGAACUCAGAUUGUUUUAACCUCUUUAUUCAUCUUUUAAUCAGUUUCUCCCCCUCUCUCUUCCAUCUUUCUUAAAACUAUUUCCUUGCUCAAUACAAACUACUGAGUCCCUCCAAAAUCUCAUUCAACCCUAAUUUUCCAGUCUUAUUUCAUAUAAAAUGAUCCAGGGCACUUUAUUAACAUUAAAUUACCAUAUAAAGGUUAGCUAUUGUCAGAUUAUUAUCAAUUAGAUCAAAGUAUUUUAACCUAGAGACCAAAAACUUAGAGAUAUCUCUAUAUUUUGAUAAAUGUAUUUCAGUCAAUGCUGACUCUUUAUGACGUCAUUUGAGGUUUUCUUGGUACAGAUUCUGGAAUUGUUUGCCAUUUCCUUCUCCAGUUCAUUUUUUUGAUAAGAAAACUGAGGUAAACAAGAAUAAAGAUUGGCCUAAGUUCACAUAGUUAAUAAGUGUCUAAGGUCAUAGAAUUCAUGAAGAUGAGUCCAUAGGGCAGAUAGGUACUUCAAUGAAAAAAGCAUUUGACCUAGAGUUAGGAAUAUUCAUCUUUCUGAGUUAAAAAUCUGGCCUCACACAUUUAUUGUCUGUGUGACCUUUGGCAAGUCACUUAACCCUGCUUGCCUCCAUUUCCUCAUCUGUAAAAUGAGCUGGAGAAGGAUAUGGCAAACAACUACAGUAUCUUAGCCAAGAAAACCUCAAAUGUGAUCAUGAAGAAUCAAACACAACUAAAAUGACUGAUAAAAUAAACAUUACAUUUCAGUAUAA